AUGAUAUUUAAAAAUGUUAAUAAAAAAGUUGUAAUAUUAUUAUUAUUAUAUAUUUGUUUUAUUCAAAUAAUAAAAUCAAUGAAACAUGAAUGUAUUUAUGAUCAUUUAUUAAAAGAAAAUAAAAAUCAUAGAAAAAAACAGCAACAACAAAACCAUCAAGAAAUACCAAAACAAUUAUUUAAAUCAAAAUUAUUAUUAAAUUCAAAAAUAACAACAAAUAAUAAUAAUAAUAGUAGUGAUGAAAAAUUAACAUUAGAAAAUACAAAACCAAUUUCAAUAUUUUUAUAUUCAGAUUCAUUAUUAGCAAAAAAUGAUGCAGAAUAUACGUGUGGUAUGAGCGGACAAUAUAUAAAUGGUGGACAAUAUAGAUGUAAAGAAGAGGAUAUACUGACAAGUGAUAAACGUUAUUAUUUGGUUAAUACUAUACUAUCAAGAACCAUUGAGAUACUUAGGUCAACAUUACAAGUACCACAAAGACAGGGAGGUAAUAUAACGGUGGAUGGAAAUGCAUGCAGUUCUUCAACGGCGGGACCCAUACAAUACCCACCCCAUUUAACAAGUCCUGGUGUUGAUGCAGAUUUAAUACUGUUUUUAACAGCAAGACCCAUUCUAUCCAACGGUACUGUAUUGGCAUUUGGUUUCGAUUGUACUUUAGAUCAAUCAUUGCGUACAAUAGUGGGACAAUUGAAUUUCAACCCAUCGUCAAUAUCAAUGGCGCCCAAGGACUAUAGAUUUCAAAUGGGUGUGGCCAUUCACGAGUUGUCGCAUGUUUUGGGCUUUUCAAAGGACCGUUUCGAAAAGAAAGGUUUGAUGAAAUCAUUUGACAAACGAAAUACCACUGCUGAUGGGUCGAGUAAGCUAUCGAAUAUGAUAGUGUCUCCAAAUGUGGUGUCUUUUGUAAGAAAGUUUUUCGAUUGUCCAACUUUGGAAGGCGCCGAAUUGGAGGAUCAAGGUGGCACAGGUACCGAGUACUCUCAUUGGGAAAAACGGAUUUUCGAUAAUGAGUAUAUGACUGGCACCGCUUCACAAUAUCCAAUAUUUUCAAACCUAACUCUAUCAUUAUUCGCCGACCUUGGUUUCUACGCUGUAAACUUCACCAAUGCUGAGACUUUAGUGUGGGGUAAUGGCCUAGGUUGCACAUUUGCAAGUAAACCUUGUAACGAAUGGGGUAACAGUAAACUGUUUUGCACAUCAAUUGGUAGUAGAGCACUCUGUUCAUAUGAUAGGAUUUCAAAGGGUCAAUGCUCAAUCACUCGUCAACCUGAUAUACCAGACUAUUACAAUUACCUAAAUGGCUUAAAUGGCAAUAAUGGUAAUCGAGUUGGUGGUGAUAUGUUACCUGACUAUUGCCCAUCGAUUGAAGGUUAUUCAAACAUGUUUUGUGUUGAUAGUUCACAUAACAGUUAUUUCAAUACCAAUAGUACUAGUGCAGAUCCCAACCCCAAUGCUUAUGGUGAACUUUAUGGUGCUUCAAGUCGUUGUUUCGAUAGUUCAUUAAUUGAUUCACAAGAUAUAACUUAUUUACAAACUGAAGCUAGAUGUUAUCCAACCCAUUGUUUAUCUCCUUACAAAUUAAAAAUUAAAGUUGGUCAAUAUUUUUAUAAUUGUCCUUAUGGUGGUUCAGUUACAAUUCCAAAUUAUUUAGGUUCAAUAACUUGUCCAGCAAGUAAAGAAGUUUGUAUAGAUGCACCACUUGAUAAUACUUGGCCAACUUUUGAGUAUGCUAAUAAACCAAGUGGUUCACCUGGUGAUACUAUAACAAUUUUUGGUAGAAAUUUUUUAAAUAAUAAUAAUAAUAAUAAUAAUAAUAAUAAUAAUAAUAAUAAUAAUAAUAAUAAUAAUAAUAAUAAUAAUAAUAAUAAUAAUAAUAAUAAUAAUAAUAAUAGUAAUAGUAAUAAUAGUAGUAAUAGUAAUAGUAAUAGUAGUAAUAGUAAUAGUAAUAGUAAUAGUAGUAAUAUUAAUAGUAAUGAAAUAAUUAAUAAUUCAACAAUUAAAGUUUUAAUUCUAAAUAUUGAAAUGAUAAAUUUAUAUGUUACAGAUACAAUGAUAAUUGGUACAAUUAAUCCAAAUGGAUAUGAAAAUCCACAAAAAACUGAUGGUAUGGAAGCUAAUAUAAUCAUUGUUAAUACUGAAACCAAAAGGAAUGAUAAUGCUUAUGGUUUUAUUCUAUUUGUCCCAUAUGAAAAAGAUCCAACAACAGUUUCCAAAGUUAAACAAUGGUUUAAAGAUCAUUGGUAUGUUGCUUUAUUAGUUGGUUUGGCUGUAUUAGGUUUUAUAGGUGGUAUAGUACGUUGUAUUUGUUGUUCAAGUAGAAAACCAAAAGGUAAUCAAUCAAAAAUGAAACGAUAUCCACAACAACCAUAUGAAUAA